AUGGUUCAUGAUUCAUCAGAGUAUUUAGGUCAAAGCAGGCUCCACCAGAUUGGAUUGAUAGCCCGUCUUGACGAGUGCUAUCUCGGAUUCAACAAUUGGCGCCCACCGUGGGGCUGGAAACGCUUCUCGCUAUUCAUCUCGAAGAUAUCUAGAUUUUCACGAACUAGCAACGAUGGUAACUCGAAAGAGAACACUCCCACCGGGAGCCCGUCUCCCUCAGAAGAAAACUUAAGCGACAGUCUACCACGCACGAUAGACAAGUCGCUACCCGCUGAAGGCAGGGACAAGCCUGCUCCCUACAAGGAAACCCAUCUUCUCGCCACAGAGAUCCGUCUCGCCGCGAAGAUCUCGCCGCGAAGAUCUACUUCGCCGCAACGAUCCCCUCCGCCAAGAAAGGACGAGAGCCCCCCUCCGUCCGCACCACGCCGCUCGAGAAAAUCUUCCUCGAGCGACAAACCCCGCAGCUCGAAGAAAUCCUCCUCGAGCGAGAAGAUCCUCAAACUCAUGGAGAAUCUCGUCAAGCCACUCGCCGACGGUUUCGAGUCAAUGCGAGCACAGCAGAAAAAGACUCAGGAACAGGCGACUUACCACCAAGAACUCGAACGGAUGAAUCGUCGCCUCGACGAGGUCGAUUCGAAAGUUCAUCGCGCCACCAGCUCAGCUCCGGAAUUGACGAAAGCACUCGCCGACACCCGAAGAAGCCCGCUCACCCGCAGGCUCCGCCAGAUUGAGCUACACGAAAGAGUUCGACUCAAAAUCGACUCUUACACCGGCGAAGAAGACCCCAAGAAGUGGCUAACCGCGUUCAACCUCGCCAUGAGGAGGGAGAAAUACAAAUCUUACGAUGAAAGGGAGGCCAACUACUGUCAAGUAUUCGUCGAGCACAUGGCGAAAGAUGCCUUGACCUGGUUCUCUAACCUCCCCGCCGAGUCGAUCGAUAACUUCGACGACCUAACCAAUGCUUUUCUGAAGCAUUACUCCAUGCACAUGACCCGAAUCACUCGGAACAUGUUCACCACAACGCAAACCCAAGGCGAACCAUUGCGCAGCUUUAUGGAAAGGUUCAAACAAGCAGCUCGCGAUACUGGCGACAUGCCCGAUAGCGUCCCGCUGGAAGCACUCCGCAACGGCCUCUGGUACGACUCCAAGUUUAAGGAGGAUUUGUCACUAAAACCCCCUGCGACUCUGGAGGACGCGUUCCACCGCUCUCGGAACUACAUCUUCCUCGAGGAAGACCAGCGCUUCUACGCCGAGAAACAUGGAGAUAGGAGGGCAACCUCGUCGAAACCCAGAGAGGAACCCAUGGAGGCACGAAGAAGACACGAUCCGAAGAGGUCUCUCCUCACAGCGUUCGCAGCAGCCGACGACGAGUUCGAGCAAGAACACGCAGCGGCCGUUUCGAUGCCACAAGACAUCAACUCGCUCGGAGAUGACAACGAUACCAAAGCUUUCUGCAAGUUCCACGGGAGAACUGGCCACGCCACUGAAAACUGCAAACACCUAAUGAGCAACCUCAUGCGCAUGUACCAUCGAGGAGAAAUCCCGCCAAUGGACGGUGAUAGGUCCCAAGGAAAAAGCUUCCCGCCGAGACCACCAAAAUCUGGGCAGCAGGAGAAGCGCGGACGACAAGCCCCGCUUGGGAAAAGGAAUCGUGAUGACCACGACGACCUACCUCCACCACCGAAGCGACAAGUCAGCAUGAUCAUGGGAGGCCUCCUGGAUAACGACGAUUCCAUAUCGGCGAUCAAGGAAUACGAACGAAAGGCCGAUGCGAGCGGGCUGGACAUCCCUCACCUCGACCCACUCGUAAUCACUCUACAGAUCCACGACUGUGACGUCGCGAAGGUCCUGGUUGAUACCGGGAGCACGGUGAACCUCAUCUUUCUGGAAACACUGAACCGCAUGGGAGUGGAGGAAGGAUCUAUCAAACCUACAUCCCGUCCCCUCACCGGUUUCACCGCCGAGCAUGUUUACAGCUGUGGCACAGUCCGGCUCCCCGUUUAUGUCGGCGGAAUUUCAAAGCUCUUGAAGUUCAUCGUCAUGGACAAACCGGCCAUCUAUAACGCAUCCUCGGCACCCCAUGGCUCCAUGAAAUGA